AUGACACUCACCGCUGAAGAAAUUGCCAACCAAAAAAGAGUUUUGAAAAAUCAAAGAGAGAAGCAACAUUAUCAGAAUAUCAAUAAGGAGCUAGAAAAGCUGGGAAAACAACUCCCAAAUCCCGCAGGUGGCAAGUUGAGCAAAAUAGAGACGCUCAAAUUGGCGAACAAGUAUUUGGAAUCGCUGAAAAAAAUGCUAAACGAGAAAGAGGACAUAAAGCCAAUGGCCACUGGACCUAGAAAAAUCAAGGUGGAGCCAGAAUGGAUUGCUCAGCCAGUAGUGGCCAAGCAGGAAAAAGUCAAAUCCAUCAAAAUGGAAAUUUUGGAAUAUCGAGAGCAGGCGGAACGAGUAGAAUAUGGAAAUGUGGCGUUUUAUGAUGAAACCAGCGACCCGGAGAGAUUUUUCAGAGAGUUGGAUGAGAGUUUGGGAUUUGUCCCGGCUCACUGGUGA